AACGGAUGGCCUGAAUGACAUGAAAGCCAACAACAACGCUCACAGUUUUGUUGUGAGGCAGGGGUAGAUACCCACAGAUUCUGGACUCAGACACCAGGUCAUUCAAAGCAAAUAUCAUAAAAGCGUUCUGAACUGGCGCUGAUGCGCAUAAAAUCAGGCAAAAUCGAGUCGUCCUACACGGCCCCGCGAAAAGCCCCUAAUGCGACUUCUCAGGUGGGGCAGAUGAUCCAACACCACUUCCAAAGACUCUAUCAAGCACCCCUUAUUCCCAUCUUGCACGUGAAUCUGGGCACCUAAUCAGAGGUACAACCCAUACGCCUUCGACAAUGGAAGACGACCGCGCCCUGGUAGAUGUUGGCAUCGCCGCCGACAUCGAGCAGAGCUACGCCCAGGCCAGCACCCCGGAGCAGGUGAUCAAACAGCCCAAGAAGAGAUUUGUAGGCAGGAGAACGGCGGCGGCGGCAGCAGCAGCGCAAACGUCACAGACUGCCUCGGGCCCUGACGAUGCAGGGAGCGCAGAGAGCGGGGUUAUCCAAGUGGCGCAGCCAAAGAGGCCGCCGCGGCUGCUCAACCAGGUGCCGCCUGAGCUGCUGGCCGAUGCCGAGCUCAAGGCGGCCAUCGCGCUGCUGCCGGCCAACUACUCGUUCGAGAUCCACAAAACCAUCCACAGGAUCCGGACGCUGGGGGCCAAGCGCGUGGCGCUGCAGAUGCCCGAGGGCCUGCUCCUGUUCGCCACCACCAUCUCGGACAUCCUGACCCAGUUCUGCCAGGGCGUCGAGACGCUCAUCAUGGGUGACGUGACGUACGGCGCCUGCUGCAUCGACGACUACACGGCGCGCGCCCUGGGCUGCGACCUGCUGGUGCACUACGCCCACAGCUGCCUCAUCCCCGUCGACGUGACCAAGAUCAAGACCCUUUACGUCUUUGUAGAUAUCAGUAUUGACACUUCGCAUCUGCUGGCCACGCUCGAGCGCAACUUCUCGGCGGGGAGCACCAUCGCUCUCGUCGGCACCAUUCAGUUCAACGCCACCAUCCACGGCGUCCGCGCCACGCUCGAGAGGGCCGGCUUCGGCGUGGUGGUGCCGCAGAUCGCACCGCUGUCGCGCGGCGAGAUCCUGGGCUGCACCUCCCCGGACCUGUCCCGCGCGGCGGCCGACAAGAAGGUCGACCUGAUCCUGUACCUCGGUGACGGCCGCUUCCACCUCGAGAGCAUCAUGAUCCACAACCCGAACGUGCCGGCCUACCGCUACGACCCCUACUCGCGGCGGCUGACGCGCGAGGAGUACGGCCACGCCGAGAUGCAGGACCUGCGGCGCGCCGCCAUCACGGCGGCCAAGAAGGCGCGCAAGUGGGGGCUGAUCCUGGGCUCGCUCGGCCGCCAGGGGAACCCGCACGCCCUGGCCCUCAUCGAGCGCCGCCUGGCCGCCCUGGGCGUCCCCUGCGUCAACCUGUGCCUCAGCGAGAUCUUCCCGGGCAAGCUGGCCGCCAUGGCCGACGUCGAGUGCUGGGUCCAGGUGGCCUGCCCGCGCCUGAGCAUCGACUGGGGCUACGCCUUCCCGCGCCCGCUGCUGACGGCAUACGAGGCCCUCGUGGCCCUGGGCGAGCGUGAGGACUGGGGGUCCGGGCCGUACCCCAUGGAUUACUACGGGAAGGAGGGCCUGGGGAGGACGAAGCCGUUGGCCACUGUCGGGGCGGCAUGAGGUGUUUUUUUGUGUGUGUAUGAUACCGUCCUACAUAUGGAGAAAAGGAAGAAAAACGCAAAAGUCAGGGACCAUAUCAAGUUCGCUGUGUGAAUGUCCUACUUCUUUCUCAGAGUAGACAAAACAAGAAAAUUGAGCUUCAUCCGUAAUGUUUCCUCUUGGAAUCUAUACCCGCAAAAUGUC